AUGGACACACUUUUGUCAGUAGUCAAACUUAUGAGACCAAAUUGCUUUAUGGCCACCAUCGACCUCAAAGAUGCAUAUUAUUCAGUACCUGUGUCUGAAAAACAUCAGAAAUUUCUCAAAUUCCACUGGAAAGGAACCUACUAUAAGUUUUCCUGCUUUCCUAAUGGGCUAUGUUUCUGUCCUAGGAAAUUUACAAAGCUUAUUAAGCCAAUUCACUCUUCGCUUAGAUUGCAAGGUCAUCUCCUUGCUGGUUAUAUUGAUGACAAUUACAACCAAGGGGACACUUACCAGGAAUGCUUGACUACUGUGCUUGAAACAGUAAAACUGGUAACCGAGUUAGGGUUUUGUGUGCACCCUGAGAAAUCAUGCCUUAUACCAUCUCAAGAAAUAAUUUUUCUUGGGAAUGUUUUAAACUCUGUCACCAUGACUAUUACACUAACCGAUGAGAAAAAACAGAAAAUUGUGAAGGCAUGUAAGGCACUGCAGAGACAGCAAAAUCACACUAUCCGGGAGGUUUCUAAGGUGAUAGGGCUCAUGGUGUCUAGUUUUUCAGCAGUUAUUUAUGGACCAUUAUACUAUAGACAACUAGAGCGGGAUAAAUCUCUAGCUGUUAAAGACCAUAAGGGAAACUAUGAUGCACCAAUGGCUCUAUCACCUGUGGCCAGAAUAGAAUUACAAUGGUGGGUAGACAAUAUUGACAAAGCAUUCAAUGUCAUCAACCAUGAACCCCCAUCAAUUACAAUCAAUACAGAUGAAUCAAAAAUUGGAUGGGGUGGUGUAUUGGAUGGUACAACUUGUGGGGGACAUUGGUCACCCCAAGAAUCAGAAGAGCAUAUUAAUUGCCUUGAAUUAAGGGCUGCUCUUUUUUCAAUCCAAUCACUAACACCUGACAGGAGCAAUACCCACAUUAGAUUGAAGAUUGACAACACGACAGCAGUGGCUGCUAUUAACCAUAUGGGCACUAGCCACUCAAUACAAUGUAACAAUGUAGCUUUAGAUAUUUGGCAGUGGUGCAUCAGUAAACAAAUCUGGGUCUCAGCGGAACAUAUUCCGGGCAAAUAUAACAUAGUAGCUGAUAAAGAGUCAAGGGAAAUAAGCACCAACAAUGAGUGGAUGUUGAACCCCACACUCUUACAUCAAGCACUUGACAAAUUACAAGUUAACCCAGAUAUAGACAUGUUUGCAUCUAGAUUCAGGGCCGUAGGAAGCUCUUUUCGAUUGGGGGAGCUGAAAGCGAGGGCCGAAGGCCCGAGGAAAUUUUUAAAUUUAGAGUCUCUAAAAUGCCAUUUCCUGGACUUUGGGGGAAGAUUUAACAGAAUUCUGAUAGUCAGAAAACAGCGUUUUAGUAUGUCGAAAUUUACAGGAAAGUAUGGGCCAGACUGUAGUAUUAUAAAUGCGCGGCGGGAAUUUUCGUCGUAAAUGGCAGUUGCGCGGAAAUGAAGGCAGAACAUUUGAGAAAAUUUCGAAAAUCUGGAGUCUCUAGAUGGUCUGAAAUGGCAUUUUCAGAGUUUUCUUUCGCAAGACCAAACACGCAAAAGACAAAAUAAAUCAUUAGUUCAUCAAAAAUGUGCAGAUUUUGUGGGAUUUUCUUGAAAAUGCGCGACAGAAAUUCAGCUAAAAUUUCUACGCGAGGAACGAUCUGGAGUAUGAGUAAUAUCUUCAUUCUUUGCAGUUUGUCACAGAUUAAAUGAUAAAGUUUGCAUGAUUUUGAAAAAAGAAUGAUUAUUAGCAAAUUAUUGGGGGGGGAGGGCUGCAGCCCCCCAGCCCCCCCCCCCCCGGUUGCUACUGCCCUGAGAUUAAAUGCUCAAUUUCCCAGAUAUAUCGCAUAUAGACCAGACCCAGGAGCACAAUCUAUUGAUGCAUUUUCUGCUCAGUGGAACACUUUCCAAGGUUACUAUUUUCCUCCUUUCAGUGUCAUUUCAAAAGUUCUUCAGAAACUGGAGCAGGACAAGGCAACAGGAGUAAUUGUAAUCCCCAAAUGGCCCACCCAGGUGUGGUAUUCCAUGGCAAUGAGGAUGCUGAUCAGCUGUCCAGUUCUUCUACAGCACAGUGCCAGACUGUUAUUGCUACCAAGCCACCCACAAGAAACACACCCCUUACACAAGAAACUGGAUCUGCUAGUAUGUCACUUGUCAGGGGACAGUUGCAAACAAGCGGACUUUCAACAACAGCUUCAGACAUUUUCAUGUGUGCCUGGCGGGAUGGAACUAAAAAACAAUACCAAACCUACCUUACACAGUGGGAAAACUACUACAACUCCAAAGGGAUUAGUCCAGUUUCAG